AUGGCCUUUGGUUCUCUGCUCUCAACUCUUGUGCUGGCCCUCGCGGUUGCCGCAAGCCCGGUUGCGAUCCCUCCGAACAGUUUCGUAUCGCUUCCGCUGGCCAGGCGCUUCAAUGCCACUGGCACUGUUAACCUACUCCAAAGGGAUCAAGCUCGUGCUGCCGCCCUCAAAGCCAACGGCCGAGCAAGAUUGCAGGACCGCUCAGGCAGUGUCGCCGCCACGAAUGAUGCCAUUACCUAUACCGUCCAGGUCGAUAUCGGCACUCCGGGCACCUCGUACAGUCUCUUGAUCGAUACCGGCUCCUCCAAUACGUGGGUCGGUGCGGGCAAGUCGUUCGUGUCCUCUCCCUCCACUGUUAACACCGGAGAGAGUGUAACGGUCACCUACGGCUCUGGCUCCUUCUCCGGUACCGAAUAUGAGGACACCGUCUCUCUGGGCAACGGAUUGACAAUCAGAAACCAGUCCUUCGGCGUCGCAUCCCAGACUGGAGGAUUUUACGGUGUUGACGGCGUCAUUGGUAUUGGCCCUGUAGAUCUGACUAAGGGCACAGUCGGAUACUCGGACGCAGAGAUUCCCACUGUCACCGACAACCUUUACUCUCAGGGAGUCAUAUCUGAGCACCUUGUUGCGGUCUCGUUUGAGCCCACAACCUCCGAGGGCGUCACGAACGGUGAGCUCACCUUUGGUGGAACCGACUCCUCGAAAUACACCGGUUCCAUCGCUUACACGUCUCUCACGACCACUUCUCCUGCCUCCUACUACUGGGGCAUCGAUGAGUCGAUCGCCUAUGGUUCCGAGACCAUCUUAAACAAUACCGCUGGUAUCGUCGACACUGGUACCACCCUCAUCCUCAUUGCCAGUGACGCCUACAGCAAGUACCAGUCUGCUACGGGCGCCGUCGAGGAUGAGGGUACGGGUCUACUACGCAUUACAUCGUCCCAGUACAGCAAUCUCAAGACCCUGAACUUCAACAUUGGCAGCGAGACCUACGGACUCACCGCCAACGCCCAGAUCUGGCCGCGCUCGCUGAACACCAACAUUGGUGGCUCCCCGAGCGACAUCUAUCUCAUCGUUAACGACAUCGGCAGCCCUUCCGGCGAGGGCUUAGACUUCAUCAACGGCUACACCUUCCUCGAGCGGUUCUACUCUGUGUUCGACACUGGCAACAGCCGCGUUGGCUUCGCCACGACGUCUUACACGAACGCGACGACCAACUAG